AUGGAAGAAAUAAUGGAAAUCGUGAAAGUUGAGGAUGCGGUGUUGAUGAGAGAUGCCAGUUUAGAAAAUUUAUUUGAUCCAAAUAACUCACAAAAAACUAUUAUAAUGUCUGCUGAACAAGAGUCUAAUGAUAUGCAAGUAAUUACUCAUGGUGGACAAAUUAUACAAAUUAUAACAGAUUAUGAAUGUGUAACAUGUCACCGUGUCUUUCAAUCAGAAGAUAUGCUAAAAGAACAUCUAGAUAUGUGUAGAGAAGAGGAUGAUUCUAAUAUAUUGCAAUUAAAAGAUGAUAAUUAUGACUCAGAAGAAGAAGAAGAGAGAGAAGAUAGUCCAGAUUAUGUUGUUAAUUCUAAUAAAAAAAAUAACAAUGAUAAACCGAAAAUUACACCUGUACCUGAUACUCAAUGUCAUUGUUGUGCUGAAGAUUUAAGUACUGCACAUAGUGGUGGUGAAUUUGUAUGUCCAAUGUGUGAUGUUCCAUUUAAAAAAAAAUCAUCCCUGGAUAGGCACUGUAUAGUAAUUCACUGGCAGUGUGAGUUUAUUUUUUGUGAGAAAUGUGGAGAAUCAUUUCGUAAUAAAAAAUCAUUAAAUAAACAUCGUUAUACCACACAUGCGGAUAGAAAAAUUUUUAGAUGUGAGGAAUGUGAUACUUAUUUUUCUCGAGCCUAUCAUUUAAAUCGUCAUAUAAUGCAGUCAGGUUGUCAUGGAAACAUUGUUAAUAGAUAUGGUUGUCAAGUUUGUAAAAAAAUAUUUACGCGUAAGGAUAAUUUACGUGAACAUUUACGUACUCAUGCUGGAACUCCUAAAAGGCGAAAGAAACCUUGUAAAUAUUGUCCUAAGGAGUUUUUUAGUAAUCAGCAGUUGUUAAUUCACGAACGUGUGCACACAGGAGAACGACCAGUUCACUGUGAUUUAUGUCCGAAGACAUUUUUAUCUUCUCUCGCAUUAAAAAAACAUAGACGCGUGCACACGGGAGAAAAACCAUUUGAAUGUAAAUUUUGUCAGAAGAAGUUUGCUGCUUGGGAAACUUUGAAUCGUCAUCAGAGAACACAUACUGGCGAAAAGCCUCAUGUUUGUCAAUACUGUCAUAAAUCAUUUAUUCAGGCUUCUCAAUUGAGAGCACAUAUAUUUCACCAUACUGGUGAAAAUGGUUUCUAUUGUGAUGUAUGUGGAAAAGUAUUUAAUAGGAAAGCUCGUUUAAAUGUUCACAAAAAGUUUGUCCAUGAAGGAGCAACGCCAUUUGCAUGUACAAUGUGUGACAAGAGAUUUAUAAGAAGAGAGGGUCUUCUUAAACAUGCAUCACUUCAUACAGGAAUUAAACCAUUUAAAUGUGAUAAAUGUGUAAAAGCAUUCUCCACGAAAUCUUCUUUGCAAGCUCACUUGAAUACUCAUAGGCGAGAACCGCCGCAAUCAUGUGUUGAAUGCAAUAGAGUUUUCAUUCGAUUAGAUUGUUUAAUGAGACACAUAAAAGCAAAACAUCGUGAAUUAUUGGAAGAUGUAAUGCAUGAAGUCGAAAACAAACAUUUACAAACACAAUUGUGUAAUAUUACUAUGAUUGCUGCAGAGAAAAAAAAGAAUGGAGAAUCAAAAAAACUUUCUACUGAUGAAUUGUUGGAAGCUAUUUCGGAUCUUUUGAAAAUAUUAAUUGAUGAUGAAACCCUUCAGUUUUUCGGCUGGCCUGACGCUCCUAUUCAAGAUAUUUUGGAAGCUGUAAUUAGAAGAUGUGGACACCAACCAUUAACGUCAGAAAGUAAUUCCCUUUUAACUGAAAGAUUGCGAGAAAACAUAAAACUUUUGUUUAUGGUUGUUAUAGAAGAUGAUACAGUGAAAUCUCUUUUAACAACAAACACAGUAGAUGAUGUUAUUGUACAUGUUUUAAAACUUUCAAAGGAAUGUACAACAAAUUCAUAG